CACCCCUCCACGCCUCAUUUUUAUUAUUUUUUCCCGUGCGAAAUCAAAUUCUCUCACUACAACCAGAACCAAAUCUCUCUCCAACCCCUUCGAGUUUUUAAAGCGGCGUCGUUUGGAGACCAUCGUCAUCACCGUCACCAACCAUGUCGUCGUCGUCGAAGAAGAUCACCCUCAAGAGCUCGGACGGCGAGUCGUUCGAGGUCGAGGAGGCGGUGGCGCUGGAGUCGCAGACCAUCAAGCACAUGAUCGAGGACGAUUGCGCAGACAAUGGCAUUCCUCUGCCCAAUGUCACCAGCAAGAUUUUGGCCAAGGUCAUCGAGUACUGCAAGAAGCACGUCGACGCCGCCAAGCCCGACGAGAAGAUCUCCGAGGACGAUCUCAAGGCCUGGGAUCAGGAAUUCGUCAAGGUCGACCAAGCUACGCUCUUUGACCUCAUUCUGGCUGCAAACUACUUGAACAUCAAGACCCUUUUGGACCUGACUUGCCAGACGGUUGCAGACAUGAUCAAGGGUAAGACUCCGGAAGAGAUCAGAAAGACCUUCAACAUCAAGAACGACUUCACCCCGGAGGAAGAGGAGGAAGUUCGUCGUGAGAACCAGUGGGCGUUUGAAUGAAGUUCUCGGUGAUGUCUCUUUAGUGGGGAACUUCAAGAGCUGGCAUACCUAUUGUGUAUUUUAGUUUAUCAGCUGACUUCUUUAUUAUUCUGUGUUUUUAAGUGCUUUAUCGGAGUCGUUAAGUCCUUGAAUUGUAGAUAAAAGUUGGAUUCUGGUGUUGGUGGUUGUUCUUACUGCUGUCAAUGCCAGUCAGUUUUACUCUUUCUGAAUUACAAUAUUCUACUUCCAUUAAGUGGUUUCUCAUGUGGUUUGAAUCAAGCUUGGUGUGUGUGCCUUA